CAAGGUGUCUUUAAUCAUGUGGACCUUGCUUAUGCAUAGAAAUAGUCGUUAGAGUAAUGUCACGCCUGUUUACCAAGUUUCCCUAGACGGCCAUGCCCAGUUUGUGAUGGCACCACCCUCACCUCUCGUGUAGUUAUAAAUCCAGUGGAAGCAAAGUGCUUGGUGUCAAGCCACCUCCAGUGUCUUGCGUGAAGCCAGUGCCUUGCUGCCUCUGCUGUUGGCUGCUGUCUCACCGCCGUAGUGCUGUUGCAACAAGAGGAAUGCCCGGACUUGCCAGGACUUUGGUCUGAUGCCUAUGCAGAGGUGGUUCAGGAAAUGAGAAGUGAAGUAUAUGAGGCCCAAGUCUAGUAUGAUGGCCCAGGAACCAAACAGUUAAUAAAAUACAGUGCAUCCAAAACAGAACUGAUAUUACUACAGUCAACUGGGCUCUAUAAACCUAAAACUCUCUUAAAAGUGGCCAGCAAAGGCGCAACUGUACUGAAACAAUGGCAGCUCAGACACAGACGGCCGGAGCAAAUGAUAGUCCUUCCAGGCGCAUUGUUACCAAAACUGUGAAAACCAUCGUGCCUGCCCCUGAAGACUGUGAAUACACACAGUUUUACUGUGAAGAAAAUGUCUGGCAGCUGUCUGAAUAUGUGCGUACUCAUGAAGGACAGGAGUUGGUUAAGUGCUUUGUGGCAUUCAUCAGUAAUGAAACCCGUUGUGUACCACUAUGGAGACAACGAGUGGGCAAAUCUGAGGAUAAGCUAAUAACAUGGGAUUAUUCUAACAUCUUCACAUGUGUUGCGCCGAGUGAAAAGGACUACCACGUAAUUUUUAUGUAUGAACCUGAUGACCGGUGUCUGGUGUUUGAUCUUGACUCGGAUCUACCAUUCCCCACAUACUUCCACAAGUAUGUCACAGAGACACUUCGCACAGAUCACAUUCUUCGACCAGAGCAUCACAGGUAUUUCCGUGUAGUACCAGCAUCUGUAUUCCUCCAAAAGUUUGCCAGUGAUAGACGGCAUAUGAGACGUGAUGAUGGGACCUGGAUGCAUCCACCCCCACCAUCCCAACCAAUUGCAACACCAGAGUGUGUUCACAAUCUUGAUGACUUCAUCAGCAUGGAUCCUAAGCGAGGUGUUGGCACUGUGUACAACCUUCAAGACUUCGUACGCAGAUUCUACAAGAACAUGUAAGGUGUCCACAUAUACACACAAUUAACCUCUUCAUGAUGAUAUAAAUGAUGCUCAGUUCACAGAAACUCACUUUUGCCAAGGUUGGAAUGCCUUUCAUAUCAUUUAUCACCAUCAGCUUUAGUGAAAGAGUAAUUUAGGUUCUUUAUGUGGUAUUAUUAGCUUAAUAUAGUUCACUGAUUUUAUGAUUUCAUUUGUACUUACUUUAAAAAUUGAAGUGCUUGUAAUAUGUUAUAAUCUAUGUAUGGAAUUAGGUUUGAUCUAGUGUCUACAUUUUUAUCAGAAACUUAAUAGUUUUUUGGAUUUAAUAUUAAGAUAUAAGGUUUUGAUAUUCAUUGUACAAAAUGGUUAUCUUCUAAGAAAUUUAUAUUAUGGUGAUUAUUGCAAGUGAGGAACGUAGAUGAAUUUUCAUAUAGCUACAGUAUUAUCGGGGUUUAGAAAGUUACUUAUUAAUUGAUUGCCUUCACAGGAUGCAUUGUAUCUGCUAUGGCAAACCUAGAAAUAUUUUAUUCGUUUAUUGAACUAUGUCAAUGAUUUUACAUACGGUAUUGACACUAAAAUUGUAAUUGUAUCAAAAUGUAAUUUAAGACCUCAGUGGUAAAGAUGGAAGAAUCAAAUUAGAAAUCUUCAGAAAUAUAAACAGAUGAGUAUGGAGGAAUCUGCAGAGAUGUAGAUAGACAGUAAAAUGGAAAGAUUGAAGUACAGUACUGUAUGUGGAGGAAUUUAUAGAUAUGUUGAGGAGGUUCAACAUAAAAUGGUCUGCAGUAUAGACAAAAAUAGACAAAAAACUCUUGGUAUAUAUAUAUAUAUAUAUAUAUAUACUGAAAAGUGUUUAUAUAUAUAUAUAUAUAUAUAUAUAUAUAUAUAUACACUUUUCAGUAUUUGAUAUAUAACUGUUCAAAAAUGAUAGAUGGAUAUACUAUUUACUAUCAGAAAGGUGGCUUCACUAUUCACUAUCAGAUAUAUGGAAAACCAUAUACUACAGUACAGUACUAUAUUAUCACACUGAUAGGAAUGUUUCAUUAUCAUUUAGUAGAUGAAUAUACUACUGUACUCACUUUCAUACAAUGGAAACCCUUUACUAUCAAAUAGAGGGGAAAGCUAUUAACCAUAAAGAUGAAGACAAUACUGUAUUAUCUUUCAGAUAGAUAGAACACUUCAUUAUCCAAUAGCUAGAUAUUAUUCACUUUCAGAUGAAUGUACAUAUUAUUCACUGUUCAGAAAAGAUGGAUACACUAUUUACUACUGUAUUAGGUAGGUAGACACAUUGUUCCCUAUCAAAAUGGUGGGAACACUUUACUAUCAGAUAGAUGGGACAUACAGCUAAAUGUCUGGUCAAUGGAUAUUCUCAUUGUCAAAGAGAUGGAUAUACUGUUCACUAACAUAUAAGUGGAUACACUGUUCAGGAUCAGAUUGACAGAUUUGCUGUGUACUAUCCUAUAUAUGGAACCAAUCUUCACUGUCAAAUAGAUUGAUGCACUUCGCUAUCAUAAAACCUUUGUUAGCUGAUGCAACUACAGUUUGAACUUAUGGGAGAAAAUUUGUUUCUUUAAUAAUAUAUUACACUGCUCCCUCACUUAAGAUGAGUAUCUUAAAUACAGAUUCAUCUGAAUAUUUUAUUUUUUUAAUUACUACCUGGUAUCGCUUAACACGGGGCUAAGAUUCGCUCGAACAUGGAUUGAGCCCGGCUAAAACGGGAAAAUUCGGCUGAACGUGGUCAGUUAGAACACGUUUUGUGUGGGCCAGCUGGGAGUUGAGUCCACAGGUAGCAUCCUCAUGCUACCCACGCACACCAUGUGGGCCCAGUGAGUUCAGUGUAAUUUAGAAUUAGAAAAAAUAUCUGUGGAGAUGGCAUGCUGCUAUAAAAUAAGAAAAAUGAAGAGCAUGGGUGUGUAUUUGUGUGAAGUGAGCAUAUGUGUGGAUGUGGCAUGUCGCCAUGUUAGACUGUCCCUGUCGCUACAUCCCCCUAGCUCUCCCCCUACCAGGCUAGGCUGUUAUUGUUAUAUUUCAACUCAUAAUUUUGGGUAGAUAUACAGUAUGUUAUUUAAUUUUUAUUUUAUUUUUUUAUUCUUUCACAUGCACUCACAAUCGUUCAUACAGAAUGUGCAAAGAAAAUAAAAGACAUAAUUAUCAUAAGGUAAAAAAAUAAAGGGAAUAAAUAUUUCUUACAUGCUCAGUUGCUAGCGCACAGAUAGUGGGAAGAGGAGGGGUGAACUAUGUUGGGGGUCUCGGCUGUUACAGUUUCCUGUGUCUCACUUGUAGUGAAACUAUUGCCAACUGGCAAUGCAGUAUUUUUUUUUUUUUUUUUUUUAGUAUAAUUUUUAUUUAUUCCUCACAUUUACUGGUAUGCAUCCUUUGCAAUAACUGGGGUAUUCCAGUAGAAGUGAACUACUGGAGAGCUGUACAAUGUCUUCAAAUUUUAGUUUUGGUGUGGGUGGACUUUUUUAGGUCUACCUGACACAUCCCCUAUCUCCACAUGUUAUAAUGGGUUUGUUCUCCGUGGAUUCGUUCUACACAUCGUUUUCUGGGAACACAAGCCCUGCUUUCAGUGAGGGGUCAUUGUACCUUAAUAUUGGACUGUAUACAUUUACUACAUGGAAAUAUUGUGUUGUUGUUGUUGCUGUAUCUGCAAAUUUAAGAUUUCAAGAAUAUAAAAUAGACUAGACUAGAGGAUAUCAGUCAAAAAUUACUUAUUUUUUAACCUUUAGUUACUUUCAUGUUUUCUUGUAUUUUUCAAGGAUUUUUAAUCAGAAUUAUUAAUAACUAAGUGCAUUUGAUUCUGGCCAUACUGUGUUGUAGAGGGAAAAGUUUAAUAGUGAAAAAAGUUACUAAGAAGUGCUUAAUAAUGUAAAAUUUUUACGUGUAUAUGACUUUCUAAUACUGGUAAUCAUCUACAAAUCUUAAAAAUUUACUAAUGUUCCACCUCACAGGCAUGGCUGAAAAGUGUGUAGGGUCAUUUUCAUUGGACUGCCUUUUAUAUUCUUUUGGACAACUUGAUAUUUGGGUCACUGGCUGGCUUUAAAACUUUAUCAUAAGAAUAAUAAAUAUAAUUUGACAUGUUGAUAUAAAAUAAUGAAUUACAUUCGUUGCUCAGACCAGUGAAAAUCACAGGGUGGUAUUAAUGGAGGUAUUCAACAAAAGCAGUUAUUUAACAUAAGUUACUGUUGUAGAUCAGAAUGAUUAACAAAUAGGCUUAAGCUACAAUACUUCUUAUAGAAAAUACAAGUACUGUAUUUUAUAUAGCAAAAUUCAUGGUUAUUGAUUCAGUGAGGUGUAUUGAAAGUUACAACGAGUUAUAUACAUCAAAUAAGGUUAAUGUAGUAUUGAUAUAAAUUGAAAUUGAGUGCAUUUAAAGAGAAGUUGUUAGUUCCUGAUUGGUAUAAUUACAUUUCUCUGCACUAUUAUAUACAGCAAUUUAUGAAUUAGAAUUACAGGUGUAUAUGCUUGUGGGCAUCAGCAAACCAUCUUUGUGCUCUUGGCUGACAUUGACUCCCAUAGUAUUUUACUCUACCUUUUGAGGUUUUUAUUCUCGCACAUCAAAAAUUUUUGUGACCUGCACAUCAUUAACACUUCUUUAUUUUUG